AUGAUGCGACGAAGAUCUUCAUCGGAUCCUGCUGCCAGUGGCAUAAAGAGGCACUCCAGUAUCAAGCAGAAUGCCGGGAGACCUCGGCGGCAGACAAGUCCGCCGCGUCAGCCGCGUCCGUCUCGAGGCAAGUCUAUGGAUAGUGCUUUAAUGUCUGGUUGGAGACACAUCAAGGGUAUCAUGAAGAUCACUACGUUGGAUGAGAGUCUCCACAGCAAGUAUGGAUCUGCUGACUCCAAGGCUACUAAUGGUAGCAACAGACCUGAACACAUUACGUUCAAGAAUAUCGAAAUCCGAGAGUAUAAUCGCACGGUGGGGGAUAAUCCCUCUGUUAGUUCAGGCCCUCCCGUCACAAUUUCGUGGGAGUACAAUCCCAAUACACUGGUCCUCGCCGUGGAAGAAUACGAAAAGUCAAGACCAGUGCGAAGGACACAAAGCGAGAUGAUCUUGCCUAGAUCGAUACGCAUGGAGAUGCUUCGCAAGGAGUGGGAUGUCUCCCGCGGUCAGAUUGCCGGUGCCGUUCGAAGGGGUAUUCGGGCCAAGAACCAAAGGCGAACCACCCUUGGAAACUUGGGUAAAACCGAAAAAGUCGAGGAAAUGAUCGAAGGAGCUACCAAGACACUCCUAAAGACCCUGUUCUUGAGGAAGAGUACGUCCAAGAGGGCCAAGGAACUGGGAGAACAGAUUCAAAAAGUAAACAGCCAGCGAGCUCAGAUCGUCCUACAACACACCAUGAAGGGGGAAUACGUGGAAACGGGUAUCGACGAAUCUGACUCUUCGAGUCCAUGGUUGGCAGAAUUGAUGCCGGACGAAUCCGAAACCGACCACGGGGCAUCCGUCUCUGUUGCGACAAUGACCUCCAGCCCCGAGGAACAAAGGGAACAGAGAAGGGAGAUGCCAUCACCCUUUCGCAGUUCCCAAUCCAGUGGCAGCAACGAGAGAGACCACAGACCAAAAAUGCCCGAGAGACCCGAGCCAUCAGAUCCGGACCUGGACUUUUCUGGUUCGACUUCCUCCUUCAACGAAAAACAAUCUAGGAAACACAAGCAAUCUACAGGGGAAUCUGCCAGUCAGUUCACUGGUGCAAACAUGCGCCCCGCACCAAUCACUGCUGUGGAACCGGAUGAUGAUGACGACUUCUUGUCGACCGUGUCAGGGCUGACUUCCGCUGUCCAGAUCGAUUGCUAG